AUGGCGUCUGUACUAAUGGUUGUGGCGACCAUUGGUUUGGGAUACCUUUUAUGGAGACUGGCCAAGUUUGUAGUGACGUACCGGAAGUGGAACCACAUUCAUAAGUCGACUACUUCUCUCGGAACUCGACAUCCUAUCUACGGAACAAUGCACCAUUACUCUGAUGCAGAAAGCUUCCUAAAACACUCGAUGUCUGUAUUACAAAAGACCCGCGCCAAGAUGUUGUCUGGAUGGCUAUUCUUCCUCUUCCCGACGUUUUUGGUUUGUCAUCCCGACACCGCCAAACUGCUGCUACGCUCGUCUGAACCUAAGGCGAAACGUUUCAGUAUGGUGUACCGGUCCUUCUUACCUUGGCUAGGUGACGGUUUACUGAUAAGUGAUGGACAAAAGUGGGAACGGAACCGGAAACUACUGACUCCCGCCUUUCAUUUUGAUAUCCUCCAGCCAUAUGUGAACAUCUACAACAAAGUCGCAGAUAUAUUGCUGGACAAACUGUUGUCUGAGAGUAAGAGUGGUCAGUCUGUAGAAGUGGCCGGACCAGUGGGGUUAGCUACUUUGGACACUAUGCUGCGGUGUGCCUUCUCAUACGAGGGAGACGUCCAGCUGAAAGGGGAGAGCCACCCAUAUGUCCGUGCAGUCAAGGAUUUAUCACGCAUCUGUAUUAAGAGGACAAUCCGACCUUGGCUGUAUCCGGACCUGAUAUUUUACUUAACUAAAGAAGGGCGAGAGUUUUGGUCUCUUACACAAUACGUCCACAUCUUCUCGUCCGACAUCAUCAAGGCUAGGCGCAGAUCUAUUAAUGCUGAUCCCUCUCAACUGGACAAACGUCGACUUGAUUUCUUGGAUAUACUGUUGGUAGCAAGAGAUGAAACCGGAAAUGGAAUGUCAGAUGAGGAUAUCCGUGCGGAAGUAGACACUUUCUUAUUUGAAGGUCACGAUACCACAGCCUCUGCCAUCAGCUGGGCAAUCUACGCUCUUGCCAAGUACCAGCGGGAGCAGGAACGCCUGGCGGCGGAAGUGACGGAAGUUAUCGGGACACGGACAUGCGUAGAAUGGGAAGAUUUAUCGAAGCUUCGCUAUCAGAGCUUAUUUAUCAAGGAGGUUAUGCGCAUGUACAGUCCUGUGCCGUUCGUGGCGCGAUGUCUGACGCGCCCUCUGGUGUACGAGUCAACAGUGAUUCCUCCGGGCUUCGGCGUGGAUAUCAACCUUGUGGGCAUCCAUCACCACCCGGAUGUGUACCCCGAUCACGAAACUUUCCGACCAGAAAGAUUUUCUGACGAUUCCUUGGAGGACAGGGAUCCUUAUGCCUUCGUGCCUUUUUCUGCCGGUCCUAGGAAUUGUAUCGGCCAAAACUUCGCUCUAAACGAAAUCAAAGUUGUGCUGACAAGACUUCUGAAAAGAUUCAAAGUGGAGCUGGACGAGGAUCACGAGAUUGCGUUCGUUCCGGAUUUGGUAAUGAGGGCAAAGAACGGGAUCAAAGUUAAGCUGAGUCCUCGCUGA